AGGAGGUGAUUUUGAUGGCUAUGGGGCUGCAUGCCAUCAUUUUACUCUGUGCUGUGGUGGCAGGAGCUUCAGGCAGAUCCUUGGAGGGCUUAAGUGAUGGAGCUUCCUGUUUUGUGGAGUGUGCAGGACACAGUACAUCAUACUUCCCCAGAAGGGCUAGAUACAGCUACAGAUAUACAGCAGUCACCAACACAUUCCUGCAGGGAAAUAAUUACAGAAGCAGUGGUAUCUCUCUGGAGAGCACAGUGAUCAUUGAGGUAUUGGGGAAUUGCCAGCUGGUUUUGAAAGUGCAAGAUGUACAAAUUAAGAAAAGUCUUGCACCCAGAGAGGAGCUUCUGAAGGAAAUGGACCGUCUAAGGGAAAUACUAGAACAGCAUCCUCUUCGUUUUUCUUUUCAUGAUGGGAAAGUUAUGAAGCUCUGUCCUGUGAGGAGUGAACAGACCUGGGCUCUGAACAUAAAGCGAGGCAUUCUCAGUGUCCUGCAGAUGUCACAAGCAUCCACUGGUAGUACAGUUGUUGAAGAGGUGGAUGUUCUGGGAAUAUGCCCAACCAAGUAUCAGUGGAAAGGUUCUGUUCUUGUCAAGACAAGAGACUUAAACCUCUGCUCUCAUCGGUAUUCUGGCUUUACUGCUGUGCAGUCCGUGGUUCUUCCUCAUUCUGAGCAGAAGAUCCUGUCCUCCAAACUGGAGUGUGUUCAGAGCAUUAAGGAUGAAGUCCUGGCAGAGGCCAAAUGUUCUGAGUCCAACCUGCUUACACUGUUCUCUCAGAAGGGCAGUGGGGCAAAGACAGAGACACAGUCUUCCCUGAAACUCUUUCAAGUGGAAACAGAUACGCUGUACAGAAAAGGAACCACCAUUUUUCAUUAUGUCUUUCCAGUGGACUCUGAGGAUCUGUAUGUCACCAACAUGCUCUAUGAAAGAGAAGAAACCGAGAGGGAGGUCACUGGAGGGGAAGUGACUGAACUAGUGUGGAAGCUUUGCUUAGCACAUAGUGCAAGUUUUGAGACUGCAGACCUUUUCAUGACUCUUGUGUUUGAGCUUCGACAUCUUUCUCUUGAGGCCUUAAAAGCACUAUGGCAAAGAUCUUCAUUUAAAUGCAGAGACAACUGGCAGCCAUUAAUAGAUGCUCUCCCAUCUUGUGCUACAGAAGCAUGUGUUAUCCUAAUGAAAGAAAUCAUAGCUUCUGGAGAAGUCGAGGAAGACAAAAAGGAGUAUUUCUUCUGGUCUUUGUCAUUCAUUCCUAAACCCACCUCAGGCAUGAUUAAAUCUCUUGCUACAUUGCUGAAGUCACCUGGAGCAAGCCAGAGCUGCUUCUUAGGAGUAACGGCUCUUUUACAUAGGUUUUGUUCAGCUUACAGCUCCUGUGAUGGUGUACCUGCUGUGCAGAGUGUGAUGAGAGCUCUUGGGAAAUUUUUGGGACGAAAUUGUACCGUGCAAGAUACAGAACGACUCAGCGAGAUGCAGCUGGUGUUAAAAGCCAUUGGAAAUGCAGGCCUGGCAGCAGCUUCACUAGCUCCUACUCUGAGUUUGUGUGCUUCCCUGAAAACCAAUCCAAUCCACAUUCGUUUAGCUGCUGUCCAGGCCUUCAGGCGCAUUCCCUGUUCUGGCAGGAAUGCUGUAUUAGUUCAGCUGUAUCAAGAAACCAGUGAAGAUGUGGAAAUAAGGAUUGCUGCGUAUUAUAUAGCAAUGAAAUGUCCACAUGAGGAGUUAUUUAAACAAGUACAAAAGACUUUGCUGAAAGAAACAUCCAGUCAAGUGGGCUCCUUUGUUUGGAGUCAUCUCUCUCAGCUCCUGGAGACAGGUGACCCAUUGAAGGAGCACCUUCGAGAUUCUAUUCCUGAUGAAAUCCUGAGCAGAGAUUUUGACCAGGAGACAUGGAAAUACUCUUCAUAUUCUGAUGCCACGUUCCACUCAGCUGGUGCAGGUGCAAAUAUGGAAGCAACAGUGGUCUUUUCUCCUGCAUCUUUUCUACCGCGAUCAGUCAUGACAAAUUUGACUGUUCACCUUAUGGGGCAGGCUAUAAAUCUGCUGGAGGUUGGUGUACGAUUAGAGAAUGCUGAAGCUCUCGUGCAGAAGACUUUUGGGCAGAAAUCUGCUACUUUCAGUGACUACUUUUUUGCAAACACUAAUGGAAGAAACCACAAGUCAGAAAAUCCAGUGAAAACAACAGGAAAAGUCAAGCAGAGGAAGCUGACUUUGAAGCAGUACGGCUCCACUGGUCAUCAUGUGAUCAAGUCUGGCAAGCCAAAGUUGAGGAAAGUUAACCAGAAUUGUCCUAGUAGAAAGUACAGUAAAAUGAGUGAGUUAGUCAAAAAGUUCACUGAGACAAGGGUGGGAAAGGAGGCACUGAAAUGUGAACUAAGCAUGAAAAUCUUUGGAAAUGAACUUAGCUUCUUGAAUUGUGAAGAUUUAAGGAAACAAACGAAACAUUAUUCUUUAAAUCUGGCUGAGUUGGCUGUCAAACUUCUGAAGGGGCAAGAGGUCCAGUUUAAUAAAAGGCUGAGUUUGGCCACUGAGGAAUUGCAGUUCCCAGCAAUUUCAGGCUUUCCUGUUCAGCUGGCAGUCAAUGCCUCAGCAGCAGUCAACAUAAAAAUCAAAGGGAAUGCAGAUUUCAAACAACGGUCAAAUUUCUUUCUAAAUGGAUAUAUCAAGCCAAGUGCGUUUGUCCAGCUUUCUGCCCAAAUGGGAACUGUGGGGACUCUAGGACAAGCUGGCCUAAGCUGGGUAAUAGGAAUGAGGACAUCUUCUAGCAUUGAUGGGGGAAUUCAGGUAAAAAAAGGGCAAGAGCUCAAAGUUUUCUUGAACACUCCUGAAGAAUCUAUGGAGAUAAUUAAUUUCAGCUCUAAACUAUACUUCACAAUGGUGGAUGAGAUGGAAGAUAUAGAUGUUUUCCAAGACCACACAGAAACCAGAUCUUGCACUAGGAAGGAAGUGUCUGAGAUUAUUGGCUGGCAGCUGUGUUCUGAAAUGUCAUAUCCUGCCCCAGCCAGUGGUUUGGUUUUCCCUCUUACUGGACCUUUGAGAGUGGCUGUCACAUUAACUAAGCAAGACAGGGGCCUGCAGCAGUACAUUGUGGAAGCUGCAUAUAACUAUAUUGCUCAGGAGAAUUCAUGGAUCCCAAAUGUAGCUGUCCUUCACAUCUUCAUUGGGACUCCAAAGUCAGACUUGAAAAGGGAUGUUGGCAUUGACCUAAAUUUUAGUGUCCCACAGAGGAAAUUCAGAAUCCAAUUUAUGCAACCUAAGAAAAAAAUCGAGAUUGAUGGGAGAAUUGAGUUUUCUAAAAGUUCACAAGUUGGACACCUGGAGCUGAUAGUAGAUGAUCAAGAUGUAUAUUACAUUAAGGGAAUGACAGAUUUGCAGAUGCUGGGUGGAGAGCAGAGAUACGUGACCCAACUGGAGCUAAAGCUGAUGAAGCAAAGCAGUCCUAUCAUUCUGUCAGGAAACAUCACUAAACAACUUGGCAAGAAGAUAGCUUUUUCAGUAUCCCUGAAUAAUUUAUUGAAGGAUGCUGCAUUUCUUUCAGUGUUUCUGGAGAAGAAGGUUGAUGAUAAGCUGAGACAAUACUCGUUGGAAGGGGAGACUUACCUUCCAGGUGUUGUUGGACUUAGUGUCAUCGGUCUUCUCCAGCAAACUGAAGGCUUAUGGUCUCAUGGUUUGAGGAUAAAAUACGGACUCCUAGGAGAGGCAAAGAAUCUUCAUCAUGAAUGCAGUAUGCGGCAAAAGAUGAAAGUGGAGACAGGUGCACAUGGCAUGUACAAACUUGAUAUUGGACAUGAAUUUCACUGUGUGCAGACUCCAACCUAUAAUCACAAGGUUCACCUGAAACAUGAAGCAAGUGCAUCUUGGCUUUCCUCCCAGAUGGAAAUUAGCUAUGGAAAACACUGGGAUGAAAUAAACAACAAGAAGAAACUGCUGAUGAGCCAAGCGUUUAAGAACAGUUCCAGUUCAUCUCUAGUCAGCUAUUUCAUGGAGUUUACCAUGCAAGUCCUGGAAAAACAGGUGAAUUAUAGAACCCAGCUGCAGCACUCGUACACCUCUCAGGUUUAUUUGCAGAGCAGCACCAACUUUGAGGUGCAGUACAAUGACCGCGUGCCAUUCAUGGCUGGGCUGCAGUGGAAAGACGCAUCCAGAAAUGGCCUGAAGAAGUGGGAAGGUGGAUUAAAUAUAGACACCCCAUGGCUAUAUCUGUAUGCAGCUCACAAACUACAUCAGCCUCAGCAUUCUGCUUAUUUGUUGACUAUGGAGCUGACAACUGGAAAAUCUCUCUCUAUUAAGAAUCUCGUAGUGGAACUAUUAUAUAAAGAUCAAGGCAAUGAAAAGGAAGGGAAAGUUCACAUUUACACGCCAGGUGCCACCUACCUACAGGCAUCUACAUUUAAUCAUCUUGGGAGGAAUGUUCUGCAUAGCUAUAGUGAAAUGAUAUCCCUGUGGAAUCAGCUUGUGAAGAAUGAGAUUCAUUUGGAGAAUAAUGAACGAGCCAAGUUUCUCUGCUUUAAGAUAAAGAGUACAAAACAGGAAUUUAACUUCACAGCCAGCUAUCAGAAUCUGCCAGUGCCUAAGAAGACAAACUUUUCUGUAAAGACCGUAUGGAGAGAUUAUAAAAGGCUGCCUGUCAUGCUACAGUUUGAAGGCCAGAUAGAAGAACUGAAGAAGGAGAAGAUGCUCUAUCAAAAACGUGGAACCCUCUAUUUCAGGCAUCCUUUCAAAGUGCCCAUUUUGCAGAGCUUCUUUCUGCAGGAGAUGUUUACUGUUGACAAAAAGCAAAAGCACUAUUUAAUGGAAACAAAAGUCCUGAUAAAUGGGGUGGAGGAAACAGUUCAAACUCUUACACUUGGUUACCAACCUGAAAACCCCUAUAUUUGUGCUGGCUUAAUUCAUCCAUAUAACUACAAGUUGUUGCCCAAAGAAGUUGAAAUAUGCAUUUUAACUCGAAGUCACCAAAAUUUGAAGCAUGAGCUUGAGACUGCCUUGAAGGUCAAUCAGGAAGAUGUUCUCAGCUUUUUGGGGAGAUAUGAGGACAAAUCCAGUGAGGCAGAUUUUAGACAUCUUUUACACAUGGAUGUGACACAUUCAUUCCAGCUUGAGUUUCCACAAGCAAUGGACCUAAGUGGAGAGCUGUUUUCCAGGCAGACUAAACUGGAACACUUUGACUACAGUGUGAGUGUAAAAGCCAUCAUCAACAAGAACAUGUCUUCACAGGCCCAGGCAGCCCUAAAGAGUUAUGGUGAGAGCAGUUUCAAUAGCUCUUUUUACCUGCAUUCCGAUGGAAGGGACAUGCUGAUGCUGGAGAUUGAUAUGAACAAUGAAAACAGGAAAAAAACCAGAGUUGUUGAAUUGAGGGCUUUCCUCCAUCAGGCAAUCCUGACAAAUCCAGAAUCAAUACAAUGCCGGCUCAUGGGCAAAGUAUUUCCUUCAAGACUUUUGAUAUCUUCUGAGAUGAAGCUUAAUGAAAAUAGGCUUCACGUGGAUUUGAUGGGAGCCAGGGAGCAGAAAGUUGGUUUUGUUUUGUCCUUAUAUGGAAAAGUCCAACACACAUUUGCUGGAUUAAAGGCCAUACCUCAUCAUCUUUCACUGAAUGGAUUACUGAAGUGCAAAAACAACAUUCAUGAUGGUAACAUCAAUGUGAUGGUCAACAAAACACUAUAUGGGCUCCAUCUCAGGAACAGAAACGUGUUUGGGAAUACCACCGUACACAAUAUCACUUUUGCUAUGUUUCACAAUGGCAGUCAGGCAAUCCCUGUGGAGGCAAAACUGAAAGGACACCUGGAGCUGAGCAAAGAGAUGAAAAGGGGGCUGGCUAGCUUCCAGGUGGAUGAGAAAGCCCUUUCUGUAGAUUUUUCCAAUAUCAUGGGUCAUGGGCACAGCAGCUUCAGUGGGACUUUCACACAUAAUAUCAGCUUUUUGAAAAAUGCAGGAUUGCCCUUGGAUGGCAUUGUUACUGCCAUGCGUGAUCAUGACACAAGAAAUCACACCAUUACUAUAGUCCUUCAGAGUGGCAGUGAAAGGAUUACCACUGUGCUUGGAGGUCACAGACUGUCCACAGAGCCUCCUAAAUCCCAGUUAUCUGUAAGUUUAAAGCACAACAUCUCAAAGAUAAAGGAACAUGGGAUCCCUUUUAUUGUGGAAGCUGCUGGCUAUUAUGAGAAUUUCACCAAAAAGAUUGCUGCAGGGAUAACAGCCACAGUGGAGAUGGAACAGCUCAAAGUUGAAAUAGAGAAGAAAGCCACUGGCAGUGCUAUGGAAAUUUCUCUUUCACUUCACCACGAUGUGGAAGGACUGAUUUACAUUGUUCCACGUGUACUAGAGAUUGCUUGCAGUGGAGAAUCUGCUAACGAGCAACUUUCUGGCCUUUGCAAUGGAGCACUUACACUUCAUCAUUUUGAGACUCCAGCAAGAGUUUCACUGAAUGGGUCAGUGUUUACCAGCAACUUUACUCUCAUCUUCUUUGGACACAUUUCUUUUCAUGACAUGUUUGCCUGCCUGCAACUCCAUGCCACCACUAACAUCCAGCCUCAUUUAAAUGUUGACUUCCAGCAUUCUUUACCUUCACUUCAGUCUCUGGGAAUUGCUGGAGAAAACCAAGUGAAGGUGUCAGCUGUGAGAAGUGACAAGUAUAAGGGCAUGUUUGAUAUUGUCCUUGGGCCUUGCAGUUUGAAAGCUGAUGGAGAAGUGAGCCUGGCAAGCAAUGAAACAGAUACAGAAUGGGUACUUACUUUUAGAAACAAGUGUGUCAGUCUAGAGGUAAGCCUGGAUUGUUUUCUGCAUGGCAUUAUAGUCUGUGUGUUUCAUAUCAUUAUGAGUCACAGAGAACUAUCUCCUGACACAAUUAUUUACGGAGAAGAAAGGUUUGGUCAUUUAAGUUGCUAUGGUAGAGCAAUGAGUCAGAGCACUUGCAGAGGGAAUAGAAUGGGAUUGCCUCAUGCUGUAGCCUUUGGGGGCUCAUUUCAUCAAAACAUCUGCAAUGUUGGCUUGUUAACGAACCUCCAGUGUGAUGGCAGAACAGUUCAUGUGCAGAUAGACACUUCCUGCAGACGCGAAUAUACACUGCAAGGGGUGCUCAGGCAUUCAGUUCACUGGCUGAGUCAGCUUGGGUUGCCUUCUGAAAACUCUGUCUUAUUAUCUGCACCCACAGACUCCGCCACAGAGGGCAUUUUGUUGCUGCAGGCUGGCAAGUGCAAACUUAAGGCUAGAGGAGAUCUCUCUAUUCAGAAUAAAACUGAAUGGACACUGGAAAUGGAAACAGAAUGUCAGCUUCUGCAGGAUCUCCGUAUUCCAACUCAGUCGUGGCUCACAGGAUCUAUUCAGAAAGACAAGUGCCAAGCGGAACUUCUCUGUGUCCUUGAAACAGAAGGCAAGACUGCCCAUCUUGAAGUGAGAGCAGACUGCAAGCCAAAGGUUACACUGGAAAUUCAGUUCAGGCAUGACCUCCCUCAACUGAAGGAAAUUCCAAGGGAAAACAUGCUGUCCAUCACUGCACAAAACCAGUUAAAAUAUCAUAUGGGAAUAGGAAUGAAAUCGGGUGAUUGUGAGCUUCAAAUGAAUGGGGACUUUGACCCUGAAAAGAAGCUUCAGUGGAAAAUGGUUAUAGAAAACAAAUGCCAAACAAUUCAGGAUCUUGGAGCACCAGUAACAAUUGAUGGUUCAGGCUAUGUUUUGAUGGAUAAAAUGCACCUAGAUUCACAGACUUGGAUCACUGUCGAUGAAAGUAAAUUACAAGGACUCCUUAUACUUAAAGUCACUGGUGAAAGACAAGAGCUGGAUGCAGUGCUAACCCAUAACAUUCAAGGAGCUGCUGACAUUGGCAUUCCUAUGAGGAUGUUAGUUGAUGUGGUAUCAGAAAAAAACAGCGACUUCUAUAAAAGACUUAUUCAAUUCUGUGUGGACAGCAAGCAAAUUACAGAAGAACUGAGCUUUGUCCAGAAGCUGGAUGUUGUGUCUCUUAACUACGAACUUACUCAUAACAUAGAAGCACUGAAGACUUUGCAAAUAAAAGACAGGAUUGAGUUGCAGGCUAUCCUAAACCUGAAUGUGAUCAAGAGCUUUAGUAUUAAAGCACAUUAUGGUGCUCACCUAACAGCUCUUGAGGGACAAAUCCAGGAGUUUGAAACAAGUACCAACAUAACUGGGAAUUUCCAUCAUACUUGGCCGUGGCUGCUACAAGCAGGAGUCCCAUCAUCUUUACAGGUGGUUGUAGUUUUUCAAGGGGGAAACACAACUCAAGAAAGUUACGUGCACAUUGCAGCUGGAGAAACGUCAAUCACGUACACAGUAAACUCCUAUUAUGUUGGUCACCAAGUGGCUAUCUUAUGCCAAAGUGUACAUAAUAGCGAGGAACUACAGGCAUCUGGCUACCCUAAGGCAAUCAACUUGAUUUUCAGAUUACAGAAAUCAGAAAACAAAGCCAAGACUAUCUGUGAAAUCCAAUAUGAUGACAAAGAUAUAUGUGUGACUAUGGAUGUCGACACAGACUUUCAGCUUUACGGUAUAUUUGAAUUUGUGGUAGAGGUGAAGCAUUCAAUAUCACUUCUCCAUCAUCUGGGACUUCCCUUCUUUCUUAAGAUGACAGUUCAAGAAGUCCUGUCUGAAAAUGAAAUCGAAGGAGCUCUGAGGCUGACCUAUGAACAAAACACAAACUUCUCUUUUACCAUCAGCAGGAAAAAAGACCAGCAAGGUGAAGAGUUGACUAUAAAAGCACUCCAGACUCAUCCCUGCUUUCUACAGUACUUCCCCAGUGCAGCAGAACUGUCUUCUAAGAAGGUAAAUUAUGAUAUGAGUGAAGCAAAAGGCAAAAUGUACCUCAGGAUGGAAAAAAGGGAUUUCAAUGUUACAGCUAAGCUAACUCUCACUGGAACCAGCUACAAUAACGUCAUUGAAGUAAUACAGACAAUGUCCCAGUUAAAAAUUCUUCCAAGGCAGCUUGUGGUUGUGAUAGAUUAUAAAAAAGGCAACAGAACACGUAUGCUGAGGCACAUUGCUCUGUGGGAUGGCAAGGAGAUAAAGGUAACAGGCACUUACACUGGACUCUUCCCAAAGUUGCCUGGAGGUCAUGAUGUUCAGGUGGAACUUUUCCAUCCUCUCUCCAUCCCUUUCCCAUGGCAUGCCAGGGUCAACUUAUAUCUGAAACAUUCGGCACGUAGUCACCAGGAUGAUCUUACUGUCAUCUGGAAUGAGAAGGACCAGAUAUCAGUGUCAUCUUCUCUGAAGUUUGGAAGAGACCGUACGAACUACAGAGCCAGUAUUGCCCACCCAUUCAAUUACACUCUGAAGCAGCUGGAGGUCCAUUCCCUGUCAGAAAGAAGAGGCAGAAAGUACAACCAGCAGCUGCAGCUCACAGGGAAUGGUGGGCAGCCUGCUGACAUCCGACUGACCCUGGAGGAUAAAUCAAAGAUGGACAGUACUGCCUGGGAUGGCUGUAUGAUACUCUCUUCAGGUCAGCUUCAGAGAGUAUUACAUAUGGAACACCUGCAUGCGUGUGGGUCUCUAGAGCAAAAAUCAGCAUUGUUUAAUGAAUAUCUAGAUCUGAGCUGGGAUGACAAAAAAUUCAAACACAACUUCACUUUUGAGAGAAAUCAAUUCUUGUAUCCUGAUAAGUUUCAGUUAGAAGCUGUUCUGGAAAAUAUUUUCUUGACCUCAUGCACCAAACAGAAGAUUCUGGGUAAAAUAGAAACAAACUACUUGUCUAGCCUGGACCAUGAUAUGAGCUUUGAGUUCUGUGACCUUCCACAUGUAAUUGUUUUCUCUGGAAAACACCAGCUCAACAAAGAUGACAUCAUUUUGCAAUCAGAGAGCAGAUUCCACCUUGCUGAUCAUGGGAGAGAUGAGGGGCUGAUUGGAAUAUCCUUAAAAAAUCGGAGUACAGCUGAUGUGAAGAACUAUUCUUUGGAAAUUGAAUUAAGAGCCUUUGAAGAUAUCUCGCUAGGCCUGACAGGAACUGCUGCUUCCUCAUCUGUGCAGAGCCAAGUCCUGGUGGAGGGGAUUGUUGAUCAGAGAGAGAAAGUAAAAAUAGCUGCUUCUAAAGGAAAGCAAUGUUUCCAGUGCUACGUGGGGUAUUCGAAAGGGGAUUUAGAAGAAGGAAUGGAAGUCAGUGCUUGUACUGAUGGGCAACAGAUGGCUACUGUUAAUACCUAUCUCAACAUUAACGGUGAAAGGCAAGAAAACAUGGGACAAAUGACUCUAGCAGCUGUUAACGGAAGCUUGAGUUUUCUGGCUCAUGGUUGUGGGGAUCCAGUUCUUAAGGCUGAGUACAAACUUAAUGAAAUUGGGAGCCUUCUGAAAGCCAAACUGAUGAACAAGAUAAAGAAGUUUGAGGGAUAUAUGUGGAGAUUCAGGAGAUCAGUGCAGCAAGUUGAUUUUCUGACGGAAGCAGCUGGCUGGCCCUCCAUAGCCUUGCAAAAGGUAGCAGGAUUCCUCCACAGUGUGGGUAGAGCUGUCGCCCAGGUGUGGAAGCAAAGUGGAAUUGGGCAGAUACUGAGAAGCAAACUCCCACUUUACCUGGAUAAAAUUCAAGACAUUGUCCAGCAAAUUCAGAAUGAAUUGCAAAACCCACUAGCAACUUUGAGGGAUGCCUACUAUGAUGUAACCUUGAAACCACUGGAUGAAGUUUGGCAAGAGAAGACAGAAGAGUACAUGAAGAAAAUCCAGGCUUUUUUACCCAAGAUAGUAAAAGAUGUGUGGCUAAUGGAACCAAUCCAGGUGGCACUAAAGGCUGUGAAAGCGGGCUUGGAUAUGACUACACAGCAGAUGCUCAGGUGGGCAGAGGCCGUGUUUUCUAGAGCUGUGAGCAAGGUCCGGAAGCCCUUACUCAACCUGUAUAGUUUCUCAGCCAGGAACUGUUCGGUGGCAGUAAAACUGCCAGUACUUCCUAAAGCAGGAUCCCUGGAUCUGGGAAAUAUCACUCAUUAUCUCAUUGAAGAAAAGCUAAUGAGGCCUCUCCAAGACCUCUACAAUAUCAACAUAGUUGCAGAGUAUUAUAGAUUCAAACGGAGGAUGCUGGAGAGUCCCUUUGAAUAUCAUGCUAUGUUAAUGGGGACUAAGCAUCUUAUGACUUUUGAUGGCAAAAUUUAUGAUUUGGCAUCAAAGUGCAGUGUACUUCUAGCCAAGGAUUUUGUUCACAAUACUUUCACUGUAAUACUAAAUGAAGAAACUGGUAACUCAAGAUCCCUGUAUGUGGAGAUGAACCAGACCGCGAUCAGCAUCUCUCCAAGACUGAAGAUAUCCAAGAUGUACAACUUCUCCUUUAUGGAUGAGAACUGCCAAGCACUGGAUCAAUCCCUUGAAAAGAAUACCAUUAAUUCAAGGAGAGAAAACAACAAAAUAGAAGUGUCUAAUCAGAAAGGAGUUUCUGUCUCUUGUGACUUCCAGUAUGAUCUCUGCACUGUCACUUUGGCUGGCUGGCACCAUGGCAUCUCAGCUGGGCUUUUUGGUACCAAUGACAAUGAAGCUGGAAAUGAGUGGAUCCUUCCUAAUGGUUCCAUCACUGACAGUGUGCAGGAGUUCACACAGAGCUGGCAGGUGAACACAUGCAGGCUCGUACAGAAGAAAGCGGAGCCAUGUCCAACUACGCAAAAACACUGUGAAGUGUUUUUUGAGGAACCACGUUCACUUCUUAGGAACUGCUUCAGAGUUGUGGACCCUGCACCAUUUUACAGCAUGUGCACAUACGACUCCUGUGGAUCACAUGAGGUGAAGGCUGCCUGCAGUUUAGCAGCAGCUUUUGUUCACUUGUGCAACCAAAACUUUGUCCCUGUAGAAAUUCCACCUCAGUGCUUGAGCCAGUUCUGAAUGGCAGAUACCAGCCCUGAAGAUGGAAGAACCCUUUUGGCAUCCAAAAUAAAACAGCUGAUUAAGGUAGACAAGCUAGAAGCAAUAGUAGGGAGAACAGUAAAAGUGGGAAUGAAUUUGUGUUAGGACUAUGAGUAUAAUGAAGCAUAUAUAGUCUAAAAGGAAAGCUUUUCACCCAGAAACACCUGGGGUAAGAGGAAUGAUUUCAGUACAGUGACAAGAAGAAAUUGGACAUAAGAGUAUCGGUUACUUG